UCUCUCAGCGGCUCAACCCCUCCUCCUCCUCCUCCUCCUCCUCCUCCUCCUCCUCCUCCUCCAAAGAUGUCGCAUGAGCUUCUCCUCUCUCCGCGGCGUUUCUUUUCUUUUUUCUUUUCUUUUUCUUUCAGCGCCCUGAACAGUUAACCGAAUUCAGACAGAUUAGGAGCUCGCACUGGCCGCGAGCAGCCUCCCUCGUCCAGGCGCACGGACUGGCCCCCCUCCCCACAACGGAGGUGUUUAAACCCUCAACCCGGCGCAUCCUCUCUCUCUCUCUCUCUAGCUCUCUCUCUCUCUCUCUCUCUCUCUCUAGCUCUCGCUCUCUGUCUCUCUCUCUCUCUCUCCUCAACCGCCGCAGAACUCCGCCGACCAACCGUCAGGUGACCGCGCGGAGCGGAAUAUUCAUCAGCACCGUCGUCGUCUUUCAUCCCUUCACUCCUCUGGACUCCAGGCAACCGGAGCUGCCGCAGACCCGGUCCCCGCUGUAUCCUCGCAUCUGGUUUGGGACAUUCUCCGCUUCACGCACACGCAGAUUAACGGGGAUUCUGUCUCCCCGCCCGCGCACUGAUGCUGAUGUCCUUGAGCUCGGCCUGCACGGUCCUGGUGGUGCAGCAGUAGCUACCUCUGAACUGGAUCCACGUACUGUCUCUGACUUAUCAGCCGCCUUUGCCUCGCUCGCCCCUCUCUCCAUCCGUCCGUCAUCCCUCCGUACCCGUCUGCAGAGUCCGUCAGCCCGUCCCAAUGUCCAUGGACUGGCCGUGACCCCGGAGGGAGGGGGACAGAAACGAAGAAAGAGCGGAGUCGCAGAGGAAACGGAGGAGAAGGAAGCUGGAUUCACUCAGACGUCACGCUUCUGAAGUGCCCCUGCUCGCUGUCCUUCAUCCCCCUCACCCUCCUCCUCCUCCUGUUAUGGAGAAUUAAAGGAGCAGUGGGAGGCUAGGCCAAUAUAGUGAGGAGACAAAAACACAUAACCAUCAUUGCCCUUAAAUAAGAUUAAAGAAGGGUUUAGGCGUGUCGUUAUAAUUACACAUUUUAAAGUAAGAUAUUAAGGCAGAGAUUCUGACUGUUGAGCACAUGAACACCCCUCCACCAACCAAACGAAAGUGGAACUGAGUUGAGGACAGACUACGGAGAGAAAGGAGGACCACAACAGAAAAAACCCUAACUGACAUGUCAACAACAGCCACGAUGGGUGAAAUGGCAAACAGCGCAGUGGAGUUUUAUCCCAAAGGGACUAGAGGCGGGGGCGGAGGAGGAGGAAGGGCAGAUGGCAGCCACGCAGGGGGAGACUUUGGGGUCACGGUGAUGGACCUCAGGGAGCUGAUGGAGCUCCGAGGGACCGACGCCCUGCAGAAGAUCCAGGACAGCUACGAAGACACAGAGGGGCUCUGCCAGAGACUACAGUCCAGCACCACUGAGGGUCUCACUGGGGACCCAGCGGACCUGGAGCGUCGGCACCAAGCGUUUGGCCAAAACUUCAUCCCCCCGAAGAAACCCAAGACUUUCCUGGAGCUCGUGUGGGAGGCCUUGCAGGACGUCACGCUCAUCAUCUUGGAAGCCGCCGCCAUCAUCUCCCUCGGCCUCUCUUUCUACCAGCCUCCUGGGAAGGAAAGCGAAUCAUGUGGGAACGGUUCAGGGGGUGCAGAGGACGAAGGCGAGGCCGACACGGGCUGGAUAGAGGGUGCGGCCAUCCUGCUGUCUGUCGUGUGCGUCGUCCUGGUGACGGCGUUCAAUGACUGGUCCAAAGAAAAGCAGUUCCGGGGUCUACAGAGUCGGAUCGAGCAGGAACAGAAGUUCACUGUCGUGCGGAAAGGAAAUGUCAUCCAGAUCCCUGUGGCUGACAUGGUGGUUGGGGACAUGGCCCAGGUCAAAUAUGGGGAUCUGCUGCCAGCUGAUGGUAUCUUGGUUCAAGGCAACGAUCUGAAGAUAGAUGAGAGCUCUCUGACAGGAGAGUCUGACCACGUACGCAAGUCUGUGGAUAAGGACCCGAUGCUGCUCUCAGGUACCCACGUGAUGGAGGGCUCGGGCAGGAUGCUGGUGACAGCUGUAGGUGUGAACUCACAGACAGGCAUCAUCUUCACCCUUCUGGGUGCUGGAGAGAUGGAGGAAGAUGGGAAGGAGAAGAAAGGAAAACAACCCGAUGGAGCUGUGGAGAACAAUCAGAACAAAGCCAAGAAGAAGGAUGGGGGUGUUGCCAUGGAGAUGCAGCCCCUGAAGAGUGCCGAGGGAGGGGAGGUAGAGGACAGGGAGAAGAAGAAGACCAACGUCCCAAAGAAAGAGAAGAGUGUGUUGCAGGGCAAGCUCACCAAACUGGCUGUUCAAAUCGGCAAAGCAGGUUUGGUGAUGUCAGCCAUCACUGUCAUCAUUCUGGUGCUGUACUUUGUCAUCAACACGUUUGUCGUCGAAGGUCGCACUUGGAUGACAGAGUGUACUCCGGUCUACAUCCAGUACUUUGUCAAGUUCUUUAUCAUUGGAGUCACUGUGCUGGUGGUGGCUGUCCCAGAAGGCUUACCUCUCGCUGUCACCAUCUCUCUGGCUUACUCUGUCAAGAAAAUGAUGAAGGACAACAACCUUGUACGCCACCUGGAUGCGUGCGAGACCAUGGGCAACGCCACGGCCAUCUGCUCCGACAAGACCGGCACCCUCACCACCAACCGCAUGACUGUUGUGCAGACCUACGUAGGUGACGUGCACCACCGAGUGAUCCCGGACCCUGGACAGAUCAACCCCCGGACACUGGAACUGUUAGUCAAUGCUAUCGCUAUCAACAGCGCCUACACCUCCAAGAUCUUACCACCUGAUGUGGAGGGGGGUCUGGCCAAGCAGGUGGGCAACAAGACGGAGUGUGGCCUGCUGGGAUUUGUAUUAGACCUACAGCAGGACUACACCCCUGUCAGAGAGCAGAUCCCUGAGGAGAGACUGUACAAGGUGUAUACGUUCAACUCAGUGCGUAAAUCCAUGAGUACUGUGAUCAAGCUGCCUGACGGUUCCUUCCGCCUCUACAGCAAAGGAGCUUCUGAGAUUAUGCUAAAGAAGUGUUCCUACAUCCAGGAUGCCAAUGGAGAGGCGCGCACUUUCCGACCACGUGACAGAGAUGAGAUGGUCAAACAGGUGAUUGAGCCAAUGGCAUGUGAAGGCUUGAGGACCAUUUGCAUUGCAUAUCGUGACCUGCCGUCUAAUCAGGAGCCAGACUGGGAAAACGAGGCAGAGAUAGUGACAGAGUUGACCUGCAUCACUGUGGUUGGGAUAGAGGACCCUGUACGGCCUGAGGUGCCUGAUGCCAUCCGUAAGUGUCAGCGUGCAGGCAUCACGGUUCGAAUGGUGACUGGUGACAACAUCAACACAGCCAGGGCCAUCGCUGCUAAAUGCGGCAUCAUCCACCCCGGGGAUGAUUUCAUCUGUAUAGAGGGCAAAGACUUCAACCGACGAAUCAGGAACGAGAAAGGAGAGAUUGAGCAGGAACGAAUCGACAAAAUCUGGCCCAAACUUCGUGUAUUGGCUCGAUCUUCACCAACAGACAAGCACACACUGGUUAAAGGCAUCAUUGACAGCAGCGUCAUAGAGCAGAGGCAGGUUGUCGCAGUAACAGGAGAUGGAACUAAUGACGGACCUGCUUUGAAGAAGGCUGAUGUCGGCUUUGCCAUGGGUAUUGCGGGGACAGACGUGGCUAAAGAGGCGUCGGACAUCAUCCUGACGGAUGACAACUUCAGCAGCAUCGUCAAGGCGGUGAUGUGGGGACGAAAUGUCUACGAUAGCAUUUCCAAGUUCCUGCAGUUCCAGCUCACGGUCAAUGUAGUGGCUGUCAUAGUGGCCUUCACUGGGGCCUGCAUCACUCAGGACUCUCCUCUGAAGGCGGUGCAGAUGCUGUGGGUGAAUCUGAUCAUGGACACGUUCGCUUCUCUGGCCCUGGCCACCGAACCCCCCACCGAGGCCCUGUUGCUACGGAAACCCUACGGCCGGAACAACCCGCUCAUCUCACUGACCAUGAUGAAGAACAUCCUGGGCCAUGGAGUGUACCAGCUGGUCAUCAUCUUCACCCUGCUGUUCAUUGGCGAGCGCAUGUUUAACAUCGACAGUGGCCGCAACGCUCCGCUCCACUCCCCCCCCUCUGAGCACUACACCAUCAUCUUCAACACCUUCGUACUCAUGCAGCUGUUCAACGAGAUCAACGCCCGCAAGAUCCACGGAGAGAGGAACGUCUUUGACGGCAUAUUCUCCAACCCCAUCUUCUGUUCCAUCGUUCUGGGGACGUUUGCUGUGCAGAUCGUGAUCGUGCAGUGGGGAGGGAAGCCCUUCAGCUGCGCCCCUCUCAACGUGGAGCAGUGGCUCUGGUGUCUUUUCGUGGGAGUUGGAGAGCUGCUCUGGGGGCAGGUGAUCGCCACAGUGCCGACGGAGCGGCUUCCAUGCCUGAAGGAGGCGGGGCUGGGCCUGGAGCCCGGGGAGGAGGAAGGGGAGGAGCUGGCAGAGGAUGAAGAGGAGAUCGACUGCGCCGAGAGAGAGCUGCGCCGCGGACAGAUCCUCUGGUUCAGAGGCCUCAACCGCAUCCAGACCCAGAUGGAGGUAGUGAGCACGUUCAAGCGAAGCGGUUCGUUUCAGGGAGCGGUGAGACGGCGCUCCUCCGUGCUCAGUCAGCUCCACGACAUGCGAGUGGUGAAAGCAUUCCGUAGUUCGCUGUACGAGGGCCGGGAGAAACCGGAAUCCCGCAACUCCAUCCACAACUUCAUGGCCCACCCGGAGUUCCUCAUCAACGACCUCAUCCAUAACAUUCCGCUGAUCGACGACACUGACGUGGACGACGAAUCAGAGCUCAGCAGAUACCAGCACCUGCACCCGGCCCUCCGCAAGCCGCCACCCCCUCCCACCCAGCCCCAGCCCCCGGCCCGCACCCGCCCCACCCGCCCCUAUCGCCAGUAUAGCCUCCCGGUGACCCCGUGCAACCGAAACAACAACAACAACAGCAGCAGCAGCAGCAGCAGCAGCAUCAGUUCAACGGUUACCCAGGGCAACAACAACAGCGCCAAUGCAGUUGCUCCCAUCAACCGGAGCCCCCAUCACCACCACCACCACCAACACCACCAUAACCAUCAUGGCAGGGACAGGCCGGUGAAACCUUCCGCCCCUCACCUGGCCCAUCUCUACUGCGUGGAGACCUCCUUAUAACUGAGCUGAACGUGGGUCGGGGGGGG